ACUUGAUAAUCAGAAGUCACAUUCAUCAAACAAAGUAGAUCUCUCCCAGCAUCAUGCUGCAGUUCCUGUCUUUUUCAUGGAUCAUUGGGCAGUAUGUAGACAAGGUCAACUUUUGCUAACCUCUUGUGGUUCUCCUCAGUAAGGAUGCAGCAACUUUAUUGGAUGGUAUAAGUUAAAGUAAGGAACUGGUGUACUGACCACUGAGAUUUUGUCGAGUAACCAUUUAAUUGGAUUAGGAAGGAUUUUAUUCUCAAUGUGUUUGGAAGCAAGCAGUUCUUAAAUGAUUUGAAAAUUUUAUAGGCAUUAUUUCAGUUAGGUUUCUUUCAGACUGCAUACAUGUAUGUGAAAUUUAAACUGUAUUUUUUAUACUGGUAUAUAUAAACAAUGAAGAUCAUUUUAUCUUCAUGAAAAGUUAUUUAGUAAUGAUAAUACUUAUAGCUAGUGCAUUUUUAUUUUUAAGUUCUCUCUUAUAAUUUUGCUAAAUUGAUGAUUUAAAAGCAAGUAAAAGUACUUGUACUAAUAUUAUUGUGAAUUUAUUAAAAUCCAGUAUACCAAUCAAAUCCCAAUAAGAUUGCACACCACUAGGAAGCAUAUAUUCAUGGAGAAGACAUAGGCAGAAAAAUUAUCUUUUAAGUAAUAGAUUGUGAAGGAAAGAUCACAUAGUUCAUGUUUUAGUAUUGAGUUAUUCCUCUUUGACUAUUUAACAAUGGAUCAAAUUAACCCUUCUUUUAACUUCAUACAAUAUAAAUAUUUAUAUUUUGAUUAAAUGGUACCUGGUUGAUUAAUUACCAUAUGAAUUUAAAUUUUACAGGUAUAUAUAACUUUCAAAACUCAUUCUGCAGGUGCCCUUAAACAAUGAUUUCUAAAUAGAAUUGUGUGGGUUGGAUUGAUACUGGUACUUCAUCCCCUUAAUGAGUACUACUUGGAAUAAGUUGUAUUUUUGGUAGACUAGGGUUUAUCACAUACAUCUGUUCAAUAAUAGAGCCAGACGAGUGGGUGUUCUGGUACAUGGUGUGAGAUAAUUCUAGAGACUCGGCCAUUUCUGGAGGACUCGAUGGGUUAUCUGCUAUUGUUUGGUCUCAGCUCAAUAAAAGUGUCACCUGUUGUUUGGCUUAUGCAUGUCAGAUUCAGGCAAAGUAAAAUAAGUGUUCAUGACCUUCCGUGAUAUAUCUCUACAUUAACAUAUACUUUAAAUUUCAGUUAACAUUAACCUUAAGCCCUAAAAACUGGACAUACAGAUGCAUAUUUGAAUUUUGGAUAGCCUUCUGAUGAAAUGCAGAGUCAUUUGAUUCUGGAUUGGAAAGGUGAAAAAAUCAAGAGCAUGGUCCAUAAUAAAAUAAAAUAUACUGCUGUUCCCGUAGAAGCAGAAAAUGCGAGUUCCAAGAAGACAUUUUGUGCUUACCUUGCCUCACAUCUCACCAAGAAAAAUAUUUCUGCAUUUGUUUGCAUUUUGAUCUUGUCCACAGCAUUUGUUUUAGUAGCAUGUAUUGGGGGAAAUUUUCAAUCCAAAGUUUGCACCAACAACAAAUCAAUGCAGUUUACACCAAAACCACAGAACAGACUUCAUUAUCCAAAGAACUUGAAAAUAGCUCAUUCAAAACGAAGGCUUCCACACUGCAUCAUUAUAGGUGUCCGUAAAGGUGGAACCAGAGCCUUGCUUCAAUUCCUCAAAAUUCACCCUGAUGUUCAGGUUUCUCCAGAUGAAAUCCAUUUCUUUGACAACAAUGAAAAUUAUAGCAAAGGUGUGGAAUGGUAUCGGAGAAGGAUGCCCCAGUCUUUUGAAGAGCAGAUCACCAUAGAAAAAUCACCAAACUACUUUGUGGAUUGGAACACACCCAGUCGAGUCAAACUGAUGAACUCUUCCAUCAAACUUUUGCUGAUUGUGAAGGAUCCAUUUUAUCGUGCUGUAUCCGACUAUGCCCAGAUCAAGGAGAAUCGCAUUGAUAAAAAUAUGGAAAUGGAAGAAUUUGAGGAUUUAGCUAUUGACUCUAUGACUGGAAAUGUGAGGAUUAAUUACAAAGCCAUUAAUCGUUCCCUGUAUUACAUUCACACCAAAAGGUGGCUGAAAUACUUCCCUUUGGAACAGAUUCAUAUUGUGGAUGGAGACAAUUUAGUGUUGCAUCCAUUUGAAGAAUUAGAGAAAGUGGAGACUUUUCUAGGACUGCGUCACUACAUUCAAGAGGACCAUUUUGUUUUUGACAGAAAGAAAGGAUUUUAUUGUAUCAAUAGAGAAAAUGGUGCCCACAAAUGCUUAAACAGGACUAAAGGUAGACCUCAUCCAAAGAUUGACCCAGAUGUUGUCGAUCAACUGAAUGAGUUCUUUGAACCUUACAAUCAAAAGUUCUUCAAGUUGGUCAACAAAACCUUCCAGUGGCCUAAAGCAGUGGGAAAGAGAUCUAUUAAAAAAAAGAAUUAAGGAGUUUAUAAUAGCAUUCCUGUGAGCAAUCACAAUAUUUCAUAGAAUUUAGUUAAUUUAACUUGCAUUUAUUAUAGUGAUUAACAAGUGUACCCAUGCAAUAAGAUUUAGUCAUAAGAAAAUCCUGCAAAAAUAUCAAUUUAUUAUCCCUUUUAAUAAAUAAUCUUUAUAAUCAUCCACAUAUUAGUACAUGUAGGAAUUUAUAUUAUAUGAGAGAUACUGAAAGAGAAAACGUCAUUAAUACAGCAAAUUCCUCAUAUCUGAGUUUGUAAUAAGUGAAUUUUAAUGUACAUUGCAUCAGUUCUGUAGAAAAAGAAACUCAACAAGAAGUAAUUAAUGUUUUGCAAUUUACCUUGCAGUAUUGUUUUCUUAAUUUUCGUUAUGAAAGGUUGUGAAAAUGUUUAUCCUUGAACUGAACAUAAGUACCUAUAUGAUUAAUUAUUUAUCAUAUAUCUGGACAUUUUCUUGGAAUUAACUCUUGAAAUUCUAAAGAAGUCAAAUUGAAUUUGCUGUUGUUCAACUGAGUGGCUGUAAUUCUAUACUGUAUAAGUGGUUGUUUUUUUUCCUUCUUUUUUAUUUUUUGCUCAGAUGAUAACAAAACUGCAUGAAUUUUUCUUUUUAUUUAUUCACACAUUUGCAAAUUUACAGUUCAUCACAUGUUCAAUAAACUAUUUAUAUUUUUUUUCUGAAUGCAUUAAUGUGUACAUACAGACUUUUAAAUUUUAGAACAGUCCAUGGCCUGUAAUUGUCAAGGUUAGUGAGGAAAGGGUUCCGAGGAGGAUUUCCUGCUAUAUUUGUUUUGAAAGUACAUUUAUAAUGUUUCCUGUGUGUGAAGUGCUAGAAUCUUUAGUGUGAUGCAGUAGUAUUUAACACAUGUUAAUUAGGCAGCAGAAAAGAUAUUGGUUCUUUGGAUUACCCCAUCAGUUAAGAACAGUAGACACUUUGUAAACAAUAAAGUGGUUGCUGGCACUAUAAGAAGAGAGAAUCUAACAAUAGUACCAUACAUGUGCUUUAAUUGAAUAUCUGUACAAUAUUGGAGGAUAUUAACCAGUUUUUACUAUAUAUCCUUCUUCUACUUUACAGAAUAAUGUAUCAUUGAGUUCUUAUAUUAAGAACCAUGCAUUGUGAUUUCUACUUGCCAAGAUAUAUAAACAAUUCUGCUUGUUGUCUUUAUAAGCAACUGUACACAUUGCUUUGAAUUUGAUUCCUUUCAUAAUGAAAGAUUAAGAAUUUUACACAUACACUUUAAUGAAAUAUUUAAUUUUGUUCAUUAAAUUUGAUGACCAGUUUUUUAAAACUAUAUUAAAAAAUGCAUGCAGUCUUGGAAACCUUUUCAUUUAAUGUACUAGUAUUUUUAGAGUAUUUCAUGAACACAUUUUGUAAUGCUGGGAUGCCUAAUGUAAUCUGAAAACUCCAUGCAUCUCUUCCAGUUUUUAUAUACAUGUACAUUCAUUUUAUAUCAUUACACAAAAUUGAGAUACAUUUGUUGAUAUUUAUAUUUUAUGGUAUUUUGCUCAUAAUGGAGAAUGUUAAUCAGUCUCUGGUUGUACAUUGUGUCAAGUGAAGGCUGUUGUGUUUACAUUUUGUUUGUAAACUAUAGCCACACCUGUUGUGCUUUGUUUUUGAUAAAAGGCCUACAAUGUAAGUUGUUUUUAUCUUAAAUGAACCGUACUGUAAACACAUUCUAUUCAUUAUCUAUGAUUUUUGGUAGAAAUUGAUUUUUCAAAAAGUUAGCAUGUAUUUUAAUGAGCAUAUUUGUGAAAGAACCUAUAUAAAUACAUGCAUGCAUGUCAUUUAGCGAUGUACUCUAUUUAGCGACAGCUGCUUUAUGCCAAAAACGCUAAAUAGAAUACACAGCCAAAUAUAAUUCCUAUUUAGUAGUUUGACAAGUAGUCACUUUUAAUAUUUUUAUAAAUCUUCUGAGCAUAUUGUACAUUUUUUGCAAAAUACAUUUGUUUGCUGGUUUAUAUUCUGUUUAAAUCUUUUAAGAGAGAAAAAAAAUUGUAAUUUCCCUUCCAAUUAACAUAAAUUAUGAACAUUGAGUAGAGAGAAGGCAAACAGACAUUUUUAUAGGCGACUUUCUGCCAUAACAUAGAGAAACAUAACAAACAUAUUACAAAAUUGUCAUACAGACAUUAUGUCGCUUGUCCAUUAUUCAGGUAAAUCAAUCAGGUAAUAUAUACAUGUAUUAACAAUGAUUUAUUUAGGUUGAGACAUUUUGUUUUACAGGAACACAUUUGUACAAUUUGUUUUGUUGGACACUUUUACUUUAUAUUUGUACUUGCGGUAUACAUGUAUAUAGACUUAUUUUGCAUUAUUACUUUAAAUUUAUUUUAUCCUAAGAUCAUAUUUUGGUUAUGAAGGCAAGUUUCUUCACUGACAUAGCUAAUGAAAACACUCGGUGAGCAAGAUCAGCUGGUGAGAGCAGAAAUGUGCAGGGAAUGAAAAGUUUAGCUACAUUUUUGAUGGUUUGAAAAACAUUUUUACAAAUAAAUAUAAGCUCAUGUUUGAGUAUUAGAUCUAGAAUGAAGUAUAUGCAGUGUAAGACCACUGUUUUUUUACGGUUGGAAAUUUCUUGGUCCACUCCAAAAAAUGUAAAACCCAUUGGAACGUUUAACAGCAUUAUGACUUACUCCAACAGUAGUAAUAUAUUCCAUUUGUAAUAUUAUUGUCCAAUAAUAUCUGCAACUGUCAAGGUUCUUAAGUCCACUAGAUAACUGCAAUAAUAAAGCCCAUUUUUUUUCAUGUCAGAUAGUUAAAUACGGUAAUUAGAGAUGACUACAUUAUUGCUGCUAGACAGUCUUAUAGCCAUGGCAACUUGGACUCUGGGACCCCUGACAAUGAGAAUUGUUGUGAAAAACUUCGGAGUCUUUGGCAACCAGUGUUAUAUAAGCUGGUUUAAUUAGAAUAUAUUUUAUUCCUGCGGUUUAGAUAGCCUUAUUUAACAUGAAGUUGAAGAGAAAUCCUUGGAAUUUAUCAAUAAGGAGACUCAUGAAUAAUACAGUAAAACACGGUUAUAACGAAUCGUCAGGGACGGGUGAUUUUGCUUCGUUAAAAGCGUAAUUCGUUAUAUCCAUCAAGUUAACAACAUGUAAUAUAGUCAACGGGAAUGAAAAUCACUUCGCUGUAAGCGUCAAUUCUUUAAAAGCGUGUUUGCUACAACCGUGUUUUACUGUAUUCAGUAGAAAUGUCAUGAUAAUGUUUAUAUAUGAAUAUACAUGUAUAUUAAUAUUAUGCUAAUCAUACUAGGCAAUUUUUUAUUGUUGAAUUGUACAAGAAUUUACAGAAGGCCCGUUUUAGGGAUCCUCAAUUUCAGUGCAAAACUUUAAAAAAAACGGGUUUGUUUGUUGAACUGUUAAGUGUAUACUAUGUGUACUACCAAUAAAGUCAUAUUUAUUGAUAA